CGUGUUGUACUAUAAAAAUAACAUGUGAGAUAUUCCUAUAGGUUAAGAUUAAUGAAAUAUAUCAACAUAAUUCAAUUUAUUGGCACACAAUAAUUUCAUGUGUUUAAGAAUAUCACCAAACACCAAUGGUCACUAAAUUUUUUGUAGCUUUUUUGAAACCGAAUUAUGGUUAUAUGACUUAAAUAUGUCCGUGCUCAAUUGGUAAGAAGUUACAAGAAAAUUAAUGUACAUAUACAUAUGUAUUUGUCAUCUUUAGGAAAUGAAUUUUACGUUUCUCGCAUAUUAAAUGAUAUCAUUAUCUUUUCUUUUAUGCGAUUUCAAUUUCAUUCUAUUUUCAAAUUUGCGUACGUCAUUGGAUUUUCUUCCAUGCACAAUUAUAAAACACAUUGUCUUUACUUUUUUUCCUGAUGUUAUUAUAAUUUUCUCUUUUUUCUUUUUAUUGUUUGACAUUAAUUAUUUUCUUUUUAUUAGAGUGUAGAUUUGCAACUGAGUCAUCUUCAUAUGCAUAGCAUCUUAAUUAAAAAAGAUUUAUAAACAAAUGUUAAUAUAUAUAAUGGUUGAGAUGUAAAUAACUAUUUUUAUCCAUACUUAAUGUGACACGCUAAUACAUAUAUUACUAUUCUAUUUUCAAUAACCAUUUAUACUCGCAGGAUAACCUGACUCAUAAGAUAAUGAUAUAAUUCUUCUCCGUUACCUUUAAGAGUACAACUCGAAAGGACUUAUUGUCCCUUCCCGUGACCAUGGCAAAAUAUGGAGUAUUUAGUUUCCCAUCACCCACCUCUCAGUCCUUACUCGCUUAACUUAACUGUCAAGAUACAUCCGAUAUGCUAUAUCUCAUUCAGUCAAAUAAACAUUCAUUCAUCACCACAUGUCAUACCACAUUCAUCACCUCGAACUCAAAUAAUUCAUACAUUAACAACAUAAGGACCAUCACCCAGCCUCUUGAUAACUCACUGUAUAAACAUGUAUGCAUCAAGUAUCACAUCAUAUCGGCAUUACCAUUUAACCCCAUCCCAACAUAGCGAAACAUCACAUCAUCUAAUGGUAAAUCAUUGUCUAAAACACCAUAGAAAACCAUCACAUAACCAUCAUCAUUGACAUGCACAUUUCAUAUAUCACAUUAUAGGAAGUCAAUAAGUCAUCACUUAACCACAUCAUAAGUAAUCUUUACACAAGAAUUCAAUCACAUGCAUGGUUAGGUUGAUUCAGGGACUUUUACUUCUUAAUUUGCCAAGUCAUACACUCCCCGGAUAGUACAUUAGAUGUAAUGUACACCACCUUGGAUCGUACCUAGACUGGUAUCCUGUAAUCCACUACGGGAUCAUACCCCGACCGAUAUCCUGUAUAACAGUGCGGGACAUACACGAAUCGGUGUCCUGUAAAACCAAUGCAGGAUCAUACCCUGACCAAUGUCCCGUAAAUUCAUCUAUUGUACUAAUUGCACAACAUGGCUCCUUUAUGUUUGUAUUAAGUUAUCACACAAUUCCAAUUACAACCAGUCACACAUUUAAUAUUGGAUGAUAAUGUGAAGCGAAGACAAAGUGUCCCUAUAACUAACAUUUCGAUUUGAUAUCAUUCAUAAAAUGUUGAAGGUAAUAUAGAAGCAUAGCAAGUUUGGUUGUACUUUAAUAUGAUUGUGGAAAAGGCUAGCGUACAAUCGAGGUGUAAUAUACACCUUCGUUCACACCUAUUAGUUGUUCUUUAAUAUAUUUUGACAAAUAAUAAUCCUUGGUUAUUAUUUUUGUAUUAAAUGAAUCUUACGAUUUGGAUUGAGAAUUAGAGAAUGGGGUUCACCCAUUAGAGACUAUGGUAUAGUAUCAUGUCCCAAACUCUGUUAAUUAAUGGUCUAAAACUCUAAAUAGCAAAACUCGAAAUGAGUACGGUAAGGUGGCGGAAGCUAGCUUAAACCAUAUACAACUUAUGAAGUUGAAAAUUGCAGGUCAAUCAAAGAUUAGAUGGUAUGAAUACUAUUUUCGAAGCAGUGAUGAAGUUACAACGUUGUUUAACAUUAUUGUUGAUCAUGAUUAAAACCUUGAUAGCGCCCCUCAUAUCUUUUUUUUUAUUCAACGCGCCCCUCAUAUAUGAUGAAACAAGGAUAAUAGAUAAAAAUAAUAAAUAAAUAUGAAAAUUAGGAGUCCGAUACCAUUGGAAAAAUUACAUAUAAUAGAGGUAAAGGUACAAACAAAUGUAACUCGCCGCCCAUCGGGCGGGCACAAAACUAGUAACCAUUUGAACACCCCUACUUAUUGUAUCCAAGUGUAAAGUAGUCGAGGGACCGUUCAUGUAAUUGACUCACAAUUUACCGUGAAGUAAAUAGGGUAAUAAGUGGCGGAAUGUUUCACUAAUUACAUGUUGCUUUGCUAGGGUUUCCCGUAGCCAAUCGUCAAUCCCUCGCCGGAUAAAGUGUCGUUCCCUUGACAGCUAGAGUUCGAUCGAAUCUCGCCGGAAUCAGGUAACUAGUUUUUCAUUGAUUCGCUUCGUUUCGUCAUGAAUCUUGUCUUAUGCCCUAAUCGGUCGACUGUACUUCACGGGUAACUAGUUUUCUUGGAAAGAGAAACGAGCGGCGGCGAACAUGGCAGCAGGGAGCGCAGAAGGGUUUCAGAAGCCCCAGCUCCAAGUUCCAAUCCACGGCGUUGUCGGGUCGGAAGAAACCGGCGGCAGGUUGAGCAAUCUCCCGGACAACAUUCUGCAUCACAUCCUGUCAUUCCUCGACACGAAACACGUCGUGCGAACCAGCGUCCUGUCCAGAAGGUGGAGAUCCCAGUGGAAAAACGCCCACGCUCUCAAUUUCUUUGUGCACCACUACACCGUGCGCGAAGCCGAGUUCAGAGAACACGUGGUCAAGUUCCUGUCCCGCCGCCGCGGACCCGACGCCGCAGCUGUCUCCAGCGUCACCAUCGACGUGUCCAAUCUCAUGUGGAAACAGGAGAAGCUGGAGAUGGACCUGUUUGAUAAGGUCAUGAAAUACGUUGCUCGUCGUCGGGGUAGUAGUAAUAAUAGUCCUCCUCUUCGCCGAUUGGCAGUGUGUGGUUGCCCUGGGUUGAAAAAAGUCAACUACAUCAACUUCACUGAGCUCGCUGGGUCCGUGAUGGCUCACCGCCAUCACGAGUCUCUCGAGGCUGUCGAAUUGGGCUACUGCAAUCUCCAGAGCGGCGAUGCUUUUGGGUCGGUGAGAUUCGGCAGCCUGACGAAUCUUGAACUCCGUGGCUGCACGUUCUCGUCUGUGGCGGCGGCGGCGGCGGCGGCUGCUUGUUGUGACCCUUUCGUCGAUCUCCCUAGUCUGAGCCACCUGAAGCUUGAUUCCUGCUUGAUGUUGUCAGCAGGCUGCAGCUUGAGAAUUUCGGGGCUCGAGCUUCUGAGUCUGGAGAUUUUGAGUGUACACUCGCCUAGGGGAAUCGAUGUGGUUGCUCCGAAGCUGAAGUUUUUCCUUUACUACGACUAUUCGGCGGUGGAACUCGAGAACUUGGACCUUCCUUCGCUGGACUGCGCGAUGAUUCGAGUGAGUUGGGGUGAUCAUCAGUGGGGUCGCAACACGGCAGUACGAAUGCGAAUUCAAAAGAACGAGGAAUAUAUGAAGCUGUUGCGUGGGUUGCAUAAUGCAACAUCUCUCACCCUACGUUUUGCCAAGAACUAUUGUGGAGAGUGGAAAGAACAUCAAUUCCCAUUUAACAACAUGAAGUCGUCGAUGGAGUCGGAAGCAUCUCCGUUUACGAGGCUGAAGAUCUUGAGGGUGGAGUACCCACAAGACCCACCAAUCGCGCCAAAUGAUCAUGUGAUCCGGUACUUCUUCGAAGGCUCAUCUAAUGUAGAAGAGAAGAUCGUUAAGUUUGAGAAAGGUCACAUUGUGAACUAUUGUUAAACUUGUUGCUCCAAAGCUGAAACCUUAAGCUUUUCCACAGCUGUGAGAGCAUGGAUCAGAGGUUGAAUGAGGCAUAUAACAGCGACAUCUCCCAACCUACCUUUUGACGAGGAAGAGGUUUAUUUGGUGUUGAUGUGACUUGAAUCGGACUAUCAGCCGCUACGACUGGUAACAGCGACAUCUCCCACGGUGUAUGGGCUCAAUGUUAUUUGGGUUCGGGUUCUGGGCCUGGUCUGUAACCGUUUCCUUUGCCAGAUUGGAUUAGGUUUAGACCCACAUGGAGAAGUACUAUAAAUACUUCUCAUACUCCUCUGUAAUCUCCUUGAUAUAGUGAAACUGGCUCUCUCUCGCCCGUGGACGUAACUAACACACAUCGUGUUAGUGAACCACGUAAAUCGUGUGUCGUGUUUUCGAUUCUCGCUUUCGUAUUCUUGCUUUUGUCGAUUCCUGCGAUUUCCCGAUUCGUAGCAGCGCGUUUGUAACACUUGGGCUGAUGUGGAGAUUACAUAUUUGAACAGCAACAGUAGCCUUAUUGUGUAGGACAAUAACAAUUAUGUUUCUCG